AAAACAUGUGCGCCGUUUAGAAAAUUUCUGCCGCUAAAAUGGAUUUUUUCGUAGUUGAUACGGUCGGUGGAGCGAGUGUUAGUACCUCAAAACGUACCCCAACUAUAAAACUACCCGGACGGAAGUCGAUUACGUUCGAGAGCACGACCAGAAAUCAAAACGUUGCCACUAGCGCUUCGACAGCCAGCACAGCAAAACCUGAAGAGGAAGAAAGUGAUGACGAUGAUUUUGGAGGGCUACCACCCCCCGGGCAGAGCAUUGCCGAGGCAUUGAACGACAACGAUGAACCGGUGGCAGUCCCUCGGAAUAGCGGCAGGCGAUCGCUCGUGCCGUCAAGCUUUGUGGAGGAUGCUCGGCCAAGUACGUCAAGAACGGGCUCGAAAAAUCGUCGACUGACGGCAGCAAAUGAGCUCAACAAAACGGAUGUGGCAAAGGAACUGCGGAGUUCCAUUCUAACACCGGCGAUAGAAAAGCGGGAGAAUUUGGCACGAUUUACGAUGAGCAAUGAAACGCUGCAGCAUCUCAAUCGGCUGGAACGCCAGAAAACGAAGGGUAAAAACUGGUUCAAUUUGCCGGCACCCGAAAUGACUCCGGAGCUGAAAAAUCAAAUGGAACUGAUCCAGAUGCGCACGGUGCUGGAUCCGAAAAAAUACUAUCAACGUGCGGAGAAAAAGCGAAAGCUGCCGAAGUAUUUCCAGAUUGGCACGGUAUUGGAAUCACCGCUCGAGCACUACAACGAGCGAGGCGUAAAGAAGCAAAAGUCACAAUCGCUCGUCGACGAGUUGCUUGCCGAUGCCGAGUUCCAGAAGUUCAACAAACGCAAAUACGCCGAAGCGCUGGAGCUGCGUAAGAAGAAGGCGUACCAUAAGGCGGUGAUGAAAAUGAAGAAGCUAAAGAAAAAGAAAUAAACGGUCCGCUCGGUGGAUUUAUUUUCCAAAAACCGUAUCACUUUCGUGGCUA